UAUUGCUACACGUGCAAGAGCUGUCCAGUUUAUGAACACGGAAUACUUCGUUUACAUUUUAAAAGUGCUGAAUAUGCCGCAAAUAUUUUUGAUGGUAAAGAAAUAGCUCACGUUUAUACGAGGAUAGAUAAUUCAACAACAAUGGCUGCACUUGAAGGUGAAACUAACGUUGUUUCUACAUCAUCUGGACGGACUGUACAAUUUGUUGCCAUAUCAACGAUUUGCCUUAGUGCAACGAAAUGGAUUGGAGGUCAUGGAACAACAGAGGAUACACUUGAGUAUAAUGCCUUUACUAUGAAAGCACGUUCAAAAAUUAUGCGUAACAUUGGUCCCAUGUCAAAUCCUUUUGGAUCAUUUUUAUUAAUACAAGGCCUUAAAACUUUAUUAUUAAGAGUAAGUCAUUUGACAUAUGUGGAAGACGCAAAAAUUCUCGUGAUACAUUCUUCUUCAACGACACAUCAACAAUUAAUGGACGAAGAACAAUUAUCUGCAGGAGUAAAUAAAAAGAUGAUACGACUGACACGUGUCUCUGUUGGCUAUGAACAUAUCGAUGAUAUUAAAGAAGAUUUUACAAUUGCGUUUGAAAAAAUUAAAGAAACCAAUUAACAUUCUUAGCUUUUGUUCACGUAAUUUUAUUUUCACGUUCAGAUAAUAAUAAUAUUAUUUAUCUUAUAUCUAGAUUAAAAGAACACUAUUAUUAUUGUA